AUGUAUGGACUGCUAAUAGUGGGUGUUCAACACUUUGUUGAGCAACACUUUGGUCAUGAACUGUGGCCUAUUAUCGUGAAAUGUGCUGGCUUACGAAUCACAGAGUUUAAAACUCAGCAAGUGUAUUCGGAUUCGGUGAUCAGACAACUUAUUGAGGCACUUGUGGCUGAAACUGGUCUCUCGGAGAUAGAUCUUGGGUAUCUGAAUGGACUGUACUUCGCCUCAUUUACGAUUCAUCAUGGGUUUGAAAAGCUUUUAAGGAUACAAGGACGAACAUUUAUUCAUUUUCUCCGCAACCUGGAUGACUUACACGAGCAUAUGCGGUUCUCCUAUCCGAGGAUAAGACCGCCGUCUUUUUCUGUUCUCUACGAAUCACCAUCACUCAUUCGUUUCUUAUACUCGUCCAAACGUACAGGCUAUGAACACUAUGUGCGUGGUCAGUUGGUAAAUUUAGCCAAGAGAUUCUUCGACAUUAACAUUUCCGUUAUUAUUGUGAACAAGAGGAGGGUUGGUCCGGUGAGACAUAUCACUUAUGAGAUCACCCACGACGGAAAGAGUUGGGGGACGGCUGACGAAGUGCAACAGAGUCAGCAAUUGAACCAUUGGGGACCGAUGAUGAGCGGAUCGGAAUUUUUCAAACUGUCCUCUUUCUAUUUGGUCAUCAGUCGAGAAAUGAAACUGGUGCGAGUGAGCCAAACGUUCGAGAGACUGGACUGCACUCUAAAUGGGGCCGCCUUCACGGACAAAUUUACGCUGGUACGCCCCUACAUUGAGGCAACAUUUGAGGAGGUGCGUUCCAGUGUAUACAUGUCCUCUCGAAUAUAUAUUCCUUAG